CGAAACAUUUCUAACUCUGGCACAGUGAAAUAAGGAUUGAGAAGUUUACGGGGCGCACCUGAAGGCACCACACAGGUAUGACGCCGCCGCCAGGUGGCGCGGUGACAUCACGCAGCCUGUGGACAGCAGACUGUCGGUGAGCGUCUGUUUGGACGGUGGAAGCAGCUCUUUAAGGACUUGAAGAGGGUCAAAGCAGCAGGCAGAAACACCGCUGAGGACCAGAGACUGUUUUUAAUUAAUCAAUUAAAAUAAAACCAAUUAAUGCAGAGCGCGCGCCAUCACCUGUCGGAGCACCACACCUGGACACGAGCUCGUUUGUGCAGAAAUCAACAUUUACGUAAGGUGACCUGAUGCUGAUGGAGCCCCAUGAACCAGAGGCAUCAUGGACGCCGUGGACUCCAAAGACGACCUGAGAGUUUCAGGAGGAAGGAUGAGGUGGAGAGGUGCAUGGCGGCAGCAGAAGGAGGAGGAGGAGGUGGACGACGAGGAGCUGGUGGAGGUGCUGCUACAAGGCAAAGCACCCUGGGGCUUCACCGUGAGGGGAGGCACCGAGCACCGAGAGCCUCUGGUCAUCACAAAGGUGGAGGAGGGCAGCGUGGCGGCGGCAGUCUGUCUCCAGGUGGGUGAUGAAAUGGUGAGCGUGAACGCCGUUCCCCUCAGCGGCUCCCGUCAGGAGGCCAUCACUCUGGUGAAGAGCUCUCAUAAGACCUUAACCCUGGUGGUGGUCCGAAGGAAAAACCGCUUCAGGCAAGGGAAGAAUGAUCCGGGCUCACGGCCCCAUUCCUGGCACUCCUCCAAGUUGACAGAAGAGGAGUCGGCGCCCGCCAAGAGAGAGGCCACUCCAGCGCCAGUCUGGCAGCCAAAACAUGAAGCAAGGCCCAAAGAGUCAUCGGCUCAAGAGGACCAGGACACCCAGCAUCAGCUAACCAGCCAGUUCAGCUCAGCGAACAACAUGGAGAGACUGGAGCGUCCCUCUCAUCGUCUUUCACCGACUAAAUACAUCGGCAGCACUGAGCCGCUCUGUGCACCAGGAGGCAAAAGAGACUCCGGGUUGAGCUGUUUCUCCAGUGGCUCCAGCCCUCCUGUUCAUGACUCUAGCACAUCUGGUAGGAAGGGUACCAGCACUGAAAACAUUUUCUUCAAAGGCCUUCAGGGAGAAGGCGAACGCCCCAGGUACCUACAGCCAACGCUGGGGAAUGGAGGCUGGGAAGGGUCACGGGCGGAAGACCAGCCUGCCUCCAGAGUGUCCACUUCAGGAAGACCCAGCUUUGGACCAGUGUGGCAAGUACCAGAGAAAAAGAAGUCCCAGUCUCCUCCUCCCCCACCUCCACCCCUGCGCAGUGACAGUUUUGCCGCCACAAAGGUGUUCCCUUACUCUGAGGGGCUUAGUGGUCCGGCGAAGAGCAAAGGCAGGUCGUUUGAAAAACUGUCAGAAAAUAACGAGCAGAACAGUCUCAGAUCUCACCAGGAGAAAACCUCAGAUGCCAGACAUAGCUUUAACCCCCUACCCAGCAAAGACUUUCUCCAUCCAAACAUGGCAGCUGACCACAACCACAACCAGCUGCACACCAACAAACUCUUCUCCCUGUCCAGCAGCGAUGUCAGGCAGUCUCAUUACACCCAACUACCUGCCCACCAGAGGCAGUACAGCGAUGAAAGCCCCCUCUACCUGCAGACCAGGUCAGCUCCUCCCACCAAGAUUCAGAGUGUAGGAAGCUACUAUCGCAGCCUCCAAGAUUUGCCAACAAACGCCUUCAGCCGCAAACAGGUCCGGCACAGCUCUACAGCAAGCUCAAACCAGGAGAAUGGAGCUCCCAACAGAUACCACAGCCUGGCAAGCAAGCAUUCAGUUCAGACUGGUGAGUUUCAGGCCAGGCAGGGCAAAGCAGAGGGUCGAAGGGGAGAAACAGAGAAUCUCCACUGGGUAAGCAGCAAUGAACAAGGCUUCCCAAGUUCCUCGAAGUCGAACAUCAAGGGAAAGUACUCCCUACCUCAGCUGCAGAUGCCUCACAGAGAAAAUAAGGAGCGCAAUGGCAAUUCCCAUCUUGGGAAUGGUCUACAUUAUGACCAACAGACCUCUGAACUUCCUAUACGAAGCUGCAGCCCAGAGGAAACUGCAAAGAGAAGUGAAGGACACUCAAAUGACAUGAAGAGACACUUCCCAACAGAUCAUAAGGUCAGUUUUUCAAGACAACAAGACCCAUGGGUGCCUCAAGAAGAUCACCGGAUAUCACCCCUGAAAACUCCACUACUCCACUCCCUGGCCCAGGAGAGUAGGACUCUUGCUGACAAACAACCGGCAGCUAUGACCACAUGUGUGAUGUCACCCCAAGAUUUCAGUGACAUCAUGGCUGUCAACAGCGGAAAAACUAACCGACGCAGUGACCGUUACGCGACCACCCUCCGCAAUGAGAUCCAGCAGAAGCGAGCCCAGCUGCAAAAGAGCCGCAGUGCUGCAACCCUGUCAUGCGAGGUAGAGGAGGAGGAGGUAGAAGAUUGGAGAUCCACAAAGACUUCUACAUCUUCUGGUGUCUCCUUCUCCAACACCUACAAGGACCACCUGAAAGAGGCGCAGGCCAGGGUCCUGCAGGCUACCUCCUUCCAAAGACGAGACCUUGAGCCGCUUGGGCCAGAGCCGCCGGUAGUUAAAGCACCCAACGGACGCAUUAGAGGACGUAAGCGCUUUCCCCUGGCCAAGAAGAUGCACUCCUUCUCAGAGCCUGACAAGAUAGACAAAGUGGGAGUGGAGGGAGAACCUCAAGCAGGGUCUUUUGGAGAGCGAAGGAAGUUCUUUGAGGGCAAGCCGACUUUUUCCAGGCCUGUGCUGAAGUCCAGUCAGGGCACAAACUUGAACACAGACCUUGGAGAGACAAGCAAAUCCAAAGAGACACCUGAGGAGGAUCACGGAUCCGCAGACCCCAACCAUCUCAGCCCUGGACAUAAGCAGGUCUUACUAGAGCAGCAGAGGCUUGGGACUUUCGCUGAGUACCAGGCCACGUGGAACCAGCAGAAGAAAUCGUCAGAGGCCAAGAAGCAAGGGAGGUAUCACUCAGCGGAGAACAUCUUGGAUGCAGAUGCUGAGGAGAAGGCUGUGUGCAUCCACGAACGAUCCCGAUCUUCUCCCUCUGCAGACUUCAAUACACAGAAUUCUUCACCGUGGAGAGACGCUCACAACGAACCGAGCAGUUACACCAACAGAGGAAAAACUGAGAGCAGGCUGCAGUAUCAGCCCGACCACAGCCCACAGUUGGUCUCCAGAAACGAGGGCCCGGUCCCAGGCCUCACUGACCACAGGACCAAACCAGAUGCUGCCAGUCCCUCCCACACCACUCACUCCUCGGGCCCUCGUAGCCUCAGCCCCAACCCUGGCUCUCAUCACCCGUCCCAGCUUCCACAAACUAAGGUCCUCCUGCCGCCGCCCAGGCCCCUUUUAGGCCCAGAAACCACAUCCUCCUCCCAGGAAUUCCUCGCUGGCGCCCAGGCAGACCCGGCAACGCUCCAGCCUCUGUCCAGCUCGGGAUAUGACACCCAGCGCCGGAACGCCAGCUCCCCUCACCUCAGCGCGACGUCCGGAGGUGUAGAAAACGAGGAGGCAAGGGAGCAACCGCAGCCACCACCUUCCUCUUCGUCCCUGGUCUCCUCCUGGACGGGCGCUUUAUCGCUCCCCGCGGAUCGAGCGCGCUCUCCCUCGCCACAGUUUGCGCCGCUGAGACUGACGGACCAACCGCCGGCUGUGUUCGUGCAGGAUGACUCACCGCUCAGGUCAGACGAUGAUUUGAAGCUCCCAUCUGCGAUGGACGUUAAGAGUCCGGUGAGGAAAGUCCCCGUGAGGAUCGUUCAUGCCGAGAGCAGCUCGGAGCGAGAGGGCAGAGCUUACCUGUCUCAGAGCAGCGACACCUGCAGCGCCUUCGAGCCAACACCGCCACCGCCGCCGCCGCCGCCCUCCCUGAGCACCACAGAGCGCCCGGCCUCGUCCCUGUUCAGCGCCUACACCCGCCAGGAUCUGCCUCAGGCUCCGGCGGAGGCAGCCCCUGAGUUGAAUUCAACGGGGGCUCUGCGUUCAGAGGAGGACGCCAAGAGAGAGGAGCUAGCCAGGGACAUCAUGGGUAAAGACAAGUCUCUGGUGGAUAUCUUGGACCAGAGUGGGAGGAUGACCACCAUGGACCUGAUGGAAGGACUCUUCCCCCCGGAGGAGCAGAUCCUGGAGGGGGCCCUCCAACGCAAGACGUCCAGGCUGCCCAACUCAUCCCCGAGGAGCAUGGAGAGGAGGGAGGAGGAGGACGUGUCUGUAUCAGCAGCGGCCUCCCUCGUCCCCAGCUCCUCCUACUACAACACGUCGGCUCCCAAAGCCGAGCUCCUCAUCAAGAUGAAGGACAUGCAGGAGCAGCUGGAGGAGCAGGACUCUGAGGACGAGCUGGACGUCGACCUCGCCAGCAAAAAGCAAGAGCUGAUCUCCAGCCUGGCGGGGAAGCUCGAGGUGCUGCGAGAGGCCCGGCACAGCCUGCAGGAGGACGUGGAGGACAACGAGGCUCUGGGCCGCGAGGUGGAGGCCACCGUGCAGCGCCUCUGUCAGCCCAACCAGCUCGACAAGUUCCGCAUGUUCGUGGGCGACCUGGACAAGGUGGUGAGCCUGCUGCUGUCGCUGUCGGGGCGGCUCGCCCGGGUGGAGAACGCUCUCAACAGCCUGGAGGAAGAAGCCCCGCCAGAGGAGAAGCGAACGCUGACCGAGAAGCGCAAGCUGCUGAUGCGGCAGCACGAGGACGCCAAGGAGCUGAAGGAGAACCUGGACCGCCGCGAGCGGCUGGUUUCCGGCAUCAUGGAGGCCCACCUGGACGCAGAGAGCCUGGACGACUACCGCCACUUUGUGAAGAUGAAGUCGGCCCUCAUCAUCGAGCAGCGCAAACUGGAGGACAAGAUCAAGCUGGGCGAGGAGCAGCUGAAGUGCCUGGUGGACAGUCUGCCGCUGGAGCAGAGGCCGCUGUUCUGACGCUCAUGCUGGGCGACCAGCGUUUAAUGAUAACGUUAGAUUGCGAGAGACAAUUUCAAGCCUCUAUUUCAUACCAGUGGUGUUAUUGUUUCUCAGAAUGAAUACUACAGUUCCCAUGUGGCCCUUCUUGACCAAAUAGUUUAAGGAACUAAGUUGAUAGUUGGGAAUACUGACCCACAAAACGAGACGAGACCUCUAACAAGCACAGAUCAACUGAACGGAAACAAGUUUCACAACAUACUCAAGAUCUUGUAGAGAUUGUCUCGGAAAACUCGUGCAAGAUCAGUCUAGCCCGAGUUUGAGACUUAAGAUUUGGCCGCACUUUUCCACGUUGGAGGUUGUUUUAAUCCCAGAGUUACCGGGUGCAACAUAUCCGGAGAUUAGUCAAUCAGACAGAUAACACGAUACGAUUACAAUCAUCGCAUCAAGGUAUUUACUCAUGUUUCAGUGCCACCAUUAAAGUUAUAAUACAGUUAUAUAAUAACUUAUUUAUCCCUGUAUAAGCUGGUCACAGUUGGAUGGAGCCCUGUAUGUAUCUGUACCCAAACGCCCCCUAAUGACGAAGACGGGAAAGUGAAGUGAAGCGAAACACUGCAGGGAUUCAAAGAUUCACGCGUAUUUACCGUUACUAUGUCGUCGUGUCUUCAUCUCGCAGCGUUUCCAGUCUCUCUCUCUCUCUUUUUAUUAUCUGUGUUGUGUUUAAGUCGCAUCAUGAACUCGCUCUCCCACUGUCUGUAUUUAAUCAUGAUCACGUGUGUUUUAAAAGUAUUUUUUAGUAAUUUAUUGUAGCCUUUUUGAAAACUUCGGUAAUUUAUUUCGAUUUUUUUGAUUUCAGUAUGCUAUAAAUCUGCUUUAUCAUCUUUUUAUCAGCCAUAAUAUCAUGUUAUUAAGCUCCUGCUUUUACAACAAACCAUUGUUCCUUUGUGUAGUGUAUUAUUAUAUAAAGGUAGAUGUCACUUUUACAUAAUAUCCUCAUUUUGGAGUGAAGAUCUUUAAUUUAUGCUAGAAUAAGAGGUGAAUCUGAUUUAGCAUUAUUCUCAUAAAGACGACGCUGACUUGUUCCAGCUGUACACGCAUUGCUCCUACUUGUUUACUAUACGAUAAUACACUCCUAAUAUUAUUUCCCGUAACCUCACAGGUUUUUAUUCACACUUUGGUGCUUUUAGCUGAAGCUCAGACACA